UUCCGGAAACACCGGAUGUACGUCAUUACAUGAUUGAGUACAUUGUUGUUCUCGAGUGUCACAUUAGCUGUUACAGUAAGUAGACCAUGAGUCUGCCAGCAGCCCCACCCAGCUAUGCUGAAGCUACAGCAGGAGAUAAAGAACAAGGAAAUAGUAGCUUCACUUACGCCUCCCAGCCGCCCCCAAUGCCACCCCCAACCAUGCCCAUGCAUCCCAGCUGGGCUUAUGUGCAUCCCGGCCCCAGUCCAGGAUAUUCCAAUGCGUAUGCUGCAGACAUGUCCUCACCCUUCUCUGACCCGAGCUCCAGCAGCAGCUUCGACGGCCUCAGUGGAAGCAACUGGGAGGACAAGAAUGUCCGCCGCAUGUUCAUCAGGAAGGUCUUCUGUAUCCUCAUGGUUCAGCUCAUGGUCACAUUUAGUGUGGUGUCGCUCUUCACAUUUUGUGAGCCAGUCCGGAAGUUCGUACAAUACAAUCGAGUUUUCUAUCUCACCUCAUACAUGACUUUCAUGGGAACAUACCUGAUGCUUGUAUGCAGUACUAAUGCACGACGGAGAUACCCUACCAAUAUGAUCCUUCUAGCCAUUUUUACUUUGGCAAUGUCCUAUAUGGCGGGCAUGUUAGCCAGCUACCAUAAUACCAAAGUGGUGAUGAUGUGUGUGGGCAUCACAGCACUGGUGUGUCUGGCCAUCACGCUCUUCUGUUUCCAAUCCAGGGUUGACUUCACCACCUGUCAUGGAUUACUUUUCUCCCUCAUGAUGGUGCUGAUGAUCACCGGGCUUCUGCUGUUCUUCACCGCACCAUUUGGAUAUAUACCCUGGUUGCAUACUGCUUAUGCUGGAUUUGGUGCUCUGGUUUUCACUCUGUUUCUGGCAUUUGACAUGCAGCUGCUGAUCGGCAACAGGCGGUACUCUCUGAACCCAGAGGAGCAUGUGUUCGGGGCCAUUUGCCUCUACAUGGAUGUGGUUUACAUAUUCCUCUUUUUCCUUCAGCUCUUUGGGAGCCGUGAGUGAGGUGUUCAUGCUGUGUCCAGGCUUUAGCCUUUGUCCUCUGUUACACACACGCACGCACGCACACACACACACACACACACACACACCCUUCUCAGUUACUCCAAGGUUUGGUGAGGAGCGAACAGUCUUCCUUCAUUCUGUGUGGCAGUUGAAGUUUGAUGUGUGCUGUUGUUUUCCUUCUGGUCAUGGUUAGGCAGCUCUUUGCACACCUCGUAUGCACCCUCGCUGCAAGAUAACCAUGCAAUCAAUCAGAUAUACACAUGCUGUUCAGGGUAGACAAUCACUGCACAUCAUUUUUGUGUUUUCAGUUUAAGUGAUUUGAAAAACCCUAGGUCAUCUGCAUUGAAUAAUGUUCCAGCACACAAUAAUUAGAAAAAAUCAGUGUGUGAUUUAGUGGGGAAUAUAGUGGCAGCACUUACUUGUCAAUGGAUAUUAUCCCUUUCGUUUGCACGUUGUGUAGUUGAAAUGAAUCUUAAACCUGACAGGCAUUUCUUUGCCGGCAAUCACUAAAUGUAUAACAGUCCUUUCAACCUAAGUUUUGUCAAUCAGCAACAUUGUGCAGUGAAAUUAUACGAGAGCUAGAGAGGCCCGUAUGUGACACUUUGAAUUGCUUUUUGUGCAAUAACCUGCUCUUGAAUGGGAGACAGAAGCUGGAGCUUACAGGAACUUGUUGCAGUCAGUAAAUAUUUCGUGCCUCUGAAUGCUGGUUGAUAAUGAGAUUUCAGUGUUGUUGUAUGCAGCCAAUGCAGAUUUAUAAAAAAAUAAAUAAAAAAUUAUACUGUGUGCCAAAUACAAUUCUGUCAUGUGACGAUGGCGGAGAUUUUAAAUGCGGCGCUUGGUCCAGCAGGUCAUUUGUGAGGUCUGCAAUAUAUGUCUAUGAAUUGCCUCGUAAAUUAACUUGUAAGUGUGUGAUACUUGGGUGUUUUUGCUAAUUUCCAAGACACUUGAUUGCUUUUAUUUCAAAUUUUCUAAGUCACCUUUGAGUAAAAUGUUUUAGAUACUGAAUUAUCAGGUGCUGACUUAUUUGAAAAGAGAUGACUUAUUACAUUCAGAAGAGACAAAAGAUGAUAUAAUGUGUUUUAAGCACAUAGGGCUUAUUUUCCAUGGGCUUUAAUAUAAUACUUCUCUUGUCUCUUAAGAACUUGUAGAGAGUGUGCUGACAUUUUACUUGGGAAAACUUUUCUUAAUUCUGAAAACCUCAAUGGGUUUUUAGGUCAUUUACACCUCUAUUGACAUUCCUCUUUGCUUGCAUUUUAAACUGUUUCUAUAAAUUAAACAUUCAUCUUUUUGAUGGAUUGGUGUUUCAUUUGUCACAGUGCGUUAUAAGAGAUUUGGGUAGAAAGCCUCACAUACCCAUAUGCUUUAUUUCCUGAUUUAAGGCUAUGCUAACCUACAGUAUUGUUACUGAAAUGGCAGUUUAAAAAAACACAAAUUUAUGUAUUUUCUCAUGUACAUUUCACACAUGCAACUUUGUUCCUUUUCAGAUUAAAUGUAUAAAUGCUUUACAGACACUGAAAGCUUAACUUGCUUGGUUUUGAAAGCUAUUUUUUCAGCGGAAGGAUUUAAAUUUGAGGUGAUCUGUGUAAUUUUUUGUGCAGUUCUUAUUGUACAUGUGCAUAUAAAGUGUGAGUGUAUAUGGAUCACCCUAUGCCUUUCCUAUUUCUCUUUCUCUGUGCACUUCUGUGUCUACAAAUGAAUACGUUUAACCUAUAAUUACUGCAUGAUCUGUGGUACAGAGACCCACUGUGUGCUAAUUUAGAACUGAAAAGCAUUCCCUCUUUUUCCUGUUAAAAUACUAAUGGCCAGUGGGUGAUAACAGGAUACUGUGUUGUUUUGUAACCUUAUUUGUGCUUUAAAAAUAAAUAAACAGAACCGUGAAUAAUAAA